AUGAACCUUGAAGAUCACAUCGGCCGGCAGGUUCAAGCUCAAGCUCUAUAUAAGCUCUCCAUCACUGGGCUUGGAACAACACAGAUGCAUGCCUUCUCUUUCCAUCCCAGUGCCCCACCUGCAGUCACGGCAUUCAACAAGGCAAAGCCACAGUGGUUCUACAGUAAUGACACCGCAGCUAGCUCCUCCGUUUCUACCCUCGAUGGCGUCGAGCCAGGGAGCCUUUCCUCGCUAUGCCCCCCUCGUAGAACAGAUACAUCAGCGUCGACUGUUUUGAGCCCUACAUCAUCCGGCACCCCUUACCCAGGUGCUUCUCGUAUCAGACCGCAGUCAUCUGCUAGCCAGCGUGGAUCGGAAUCUCGUACUAGGUCUCAGUCCGUGGCGACCUCGUUCUUCCCAUCUGCACAGCGUGGAAAUGCCAGCACUGCUUCUGGUCGAAAAUCCCGUACUACAACGUCUGUCUGGGGAUCUGAAGGACAUCAAGUUAUUUGUGCCGUAAGUGAAGCCCGCGGCGUAUCACCUUCAGUCGGGCUAGCCUUUGUCAACGUCACCACCAAUGAAGCAAUUCUCAGUCAGAUUUGUGACUCUCAGUUCUACGUCAAGACACUGCAUAAAAUCCAGAUGUACGAUCCCAGCACCAUACUAAUUGUGAACACUUCUUUUCCACCUAAUCCAAAAUCCAAUCUGCUAGCCGUCAUCCAGGAAGAGUUUCAAGGGACGAGUAUUGAAGGCCUUGAUCGUAAGUAUUGGUCUGAGACUGUUGGACUGGAGUUUAUACACAUGUUCGCCUUUAGAGAGGAGCUCGAAUCCAUAAAAGUGGCCUUACAAGGAAACUUCUACGCAACCUGUUCAUUCGCUGCGGCUAUCAGAUACAUGGAGCUGGCCUGCCACCUGACUAUUAUGUCGAACUCGUUGCGAAUCAGAUAUGAACCGUCUGAAAACUCUAUGAUGAUAGACGUCUCGACCGUCCAUUCUCUGGAGCUGAUUCAGAAUCUUCAGACCGCGAAGUCGAAGUACUGCCUCUUCGGGUUGUUAAAUGAAACUUUGACCCCCAUGGGAACUAGGAUGCUUCGAAGCAAUAUUCUCCAGCCAUCAACACAGAUCGAACACACGCUGAACCCUCGGUUCGACGCAUUGGACGAAAUUACUCUCAAGGAGGAUAUGUUCUUUGAGAUAAGGAAGGGCAAGAGCUACCAUGAUUACCUGAUCAAACAUAAGACUAAUGCAACCCUAGCCCUUAAGGAGUUCACGGAUGUUGAAAAGGUGCUCACAAAGCUCGUCAUCGUACCGCAGAGGGUAUCGAUUUAUGAGUCUGAACUAGCAAUCAAUCAUGUCCUCAUGAUCAAGUCAUUUAUCGCCGCUAUACCACCCUUACAUCAGUCGCUUGGAUCUGCCCGAUCAGACUUACUCCAGAGAAUCCGUGAAGUUUGUAGGCCCGAACUGAUUCAGCCCAUUCAUGACUUGAUUGAAACCACCAUCAACGACGAUGUGACGUACACCAACUCGCCAAUUGACCUGCGUCAUCAAAGAACUUAUGCUGUAAAGACUGGUGUUCAUGGGAUGUUAGACGUCGCUCGACAAACAUAUAAGGAAGGUGUGGACGAUGUCCAUGAACACGUCGAAAGCAUCAACGGCGAGUUCGAGAUGACAUUUGAGGUGAAGUACGACAGGAACCGAAAGUAUUACAUACGCCUCAGAGAAUCUGAGCUCGAGGGUUGCGAAACACCCCAUGUUCUCAUUAACCAGGUGCGAAGGAGUGGAUGGCUUGAAUGCCAAACGCUCGGUCUUGUUCAGUUAAAUAACCGAAUCACAGACUCCCAUAACGAGACAGUGAUGCUGAGCGACAGAGUCAUUAAUAAACUCCUCGAUGGUAUCCGCGGCCACAUUGCUAACCUCUUCCGCAUCUGCGAAGGGAUCGCGCUUGUUGAUAUGCUCACAGCGUUUGGUCACACAGUCACAUCAAGAGACUACACCAGGCCUGAAUUUGGAGACACAAUGGCUCUCAAGGCUGCUCGCCACCCUAUCUCAGAGCUGAUGAUGCAGGGACGGUUCGUUCCUAACGACAUUUACGCGAAUGAAGACCACCGCUUCCAAAUUAUCACUGGGUGCAAUAUGAGCGGCAAGAGCACUUAUAUCAGGAUGGUCUCUCUGCUACAAGUUAUGGCUCAGAUUGGUUGCUUUGUCCCAGCUGAAUACGCUGCAUUCCCCAUCAUUCACCAAGUACUUGUGCGCAUGUCAACAGAUGAUAGUAUCGAAGCAAAUCUUUCGACAUUUUCAACUGAGAUGAGAGAUAUGGCAUUCAUAUUACGAAACAUCAACGGGAGAAGUUUGGUGAUGAUUGAUGAGCUUGGUCGUGGAACAAGUACAAGAGAUGGACUUGCAAUUGCCUUAGCCAUCUCCGAGGCUUUAAUUCAAAGCAAUUCCUUGGUCUGGUUCGCAACUCACUUUCAUCAGUUAGCUAAAGUCCUGGGUAGUCGGCCUGGCGUCCUCAAUCUACAUCUCGACACAGACAUAUCAAAUGGCGACCAAGGAGAAACACCAAAGAUGACUAUGCUGUACAAGAUCAGCUCUGGCCCGGUUGAAGCAGAGCACUAUGGCAUCAAUCUUGCGAAAGUCAUAGGAUUCCCAGAUGAUAUUUUGCAAAUUGCUGAAAAUGCAUCUAAGGAAUUGAAACGUCAAAUUGAGCUGAAGAAACGAGAUUCUCAGCAUCAGAUGUUGGGCCACCGGAGAGCACUUAUACUGCAUCUUUACGAAACGCUCAGGCAGAUGGAAGGAGGCGAUAUGGAUGACGUCGUUUUGGGAGUGUACCUAAAGAAUUUGCAGGACGAAUUUACAACAAGAAUGGACGACAUCGAGAGUGGUCGUGGUAGUCAAGAGACGCACGUGGAAAUAAGUGGUAACGGAUGUCGUUAUUGA